AUGGGAGAGCUCAAAACGGGAGGGGUUGCAGAGUCAAGUAAACGAAUGCGGAUGGAGUCACCAUCACCACCAUCACCACCAGCGACUCGAAAGAAGACAGCGACUGAGAUCAUGAUGAACAAACUUUGGUCGUUCGCACGAGCAGGAAAAGAAAAACGAGAUGAAAUGCGAGCAACUGCAGCGGAGAAAAUAUCAGAUAAACCCCCGGUGGCACUGUUGAAGAAGACGACAGAAAAUCAGGCGGGUGCAAGAUCACAGGCGGAUGCACCUAGUCCUGAGAUUCCGCCUAAUCUGCAAGAUAAGUUCCUGGAACAGGCCAAGGCAUAUCUCAAGGACCCAAUCCAGAGGGCGAGACAUUUCCCUGACCCUCCUGCUGUUCGUCGAGCCAGAGUGUGGGCAGGGGAGGAAUUGGUGGACCAUGAGAUCAAACCCACAGUCGACGCUACGCUACCACCUUGGGCUGAAAGACAUCGGCCUUUCAGUCAAUGGCAUAAUUCGGUAAGUGCCUCAUCCAUUGAAUCUUUUGAGAACCAUGCCGAUCAUAAUCAAUUAGAUUGGGAUGACUCCUGUGCCUGCGGCACGCACGAACGUCUCGAGAUCGAAAAGACGGAGUAA